AUAAAAGGCCCUGUGGCGCGCAGAGUUAUUACUCAGAGAACAAAUGGAGUUUAUACAACAGUCAUUCAGUAGUUUUAUGGAGCUGCGCGGCUCAGACUGAUGUACAAACACUCCAGCUCCAUAAAAACGCAGAUACGUCGACAUGUUUCUUUCAGGGAAAAUUACUCAUAAAUUGUACAAAUUCAAACCACGUAUUAAAGAUUUUUACAGAUAGUUAUGAAGAGAUUAAACACGUUAUUUAUAAAUGUACUAAUUGUGGUUCAACUUAUCAUUCAAACACUCAGACCCAGUCUAGUUAAUGAUGAGACUAACUGUGCGCAAAAACGAAGAAUCCAACAAAUGUCCGCUGCUGUGACAGUAAAUAAGCGGCUCGUUUCAGUCACAUCCCGGACACAUGAAACCAUGACUGGUCCCUCCUGCUUAUUAACGGACCGAGGCGCGCUCUGGCUCCCCCUCCGCCCUCCAGACCCCUCCCCCUCCACCCUCAAAACUAUUUAGCAUCUGAAACCGGGAUAAAGUUUCCAAAAAAAUUUGAAGGAAAAAACCCUCCUGCGUGUGGAGAGAAGCGUGCCAGCCUCCCAGUUUUGAGAGCAGUUUCUUCCCAACGCGAGAAGCGCACACAGCGCGACAUCCUCCCGCUCCUCUGUACGGAUAUCUACACACUCCUGUAACCACGGCUUCAACGGUGGACAGCGUUUUUUCCGCUCUAUCCCUGCAUUUCUUCAAGAAAGAAAUGGAAGAGGGCUCCAGUUCUCCGGUCUCCCCUGUGGAUAGUCUGGUGACCAGCGACGAGGAGCUGGACAGACAGCAGAAACGCUUCGCGAGGAAGAGAGGCAGCAGUAAAAAGUCCAGCGAGGACAGCAGCGGCAGCAGCCCGGGGCCGCAGAAACGGGGCAAGAAGCCGAGUCCGAGCAGCACCCAGUCAUACGAGGAGCUGCAGAACCAGCGCGUCCUGGCCAACGUGCGGGAGAGGCAACGGACUCAGUCUCUGAACGAGGCCUUCGCGUCUUUGCGCAAAAUCAUCCCCACGCUGCCGUCGGACAAACUGAGCAAGAUACAGACGCUGAAGCUCGCCUCCAGAUACAUUGAUUUCCUCUGUCAGGUGCUGCAGAGCGACGAGAUGGACAACAAGAUGUCCAGCUGCAGCUACGUCGCGCACGAAAGACUCAGUUACGCGUUCUCCGUGUGGAGGAUGGAGGGCGCCUGGUCUAUGUCAGCAUCUCACUAGCACGCAGAGACCUUCACUCACAAUGCCAAAGCGACUGUUUACUUCUACAAAAAGUACGAAGACCAAAAGGAAUUAUUGAAGAACCCAUCGACCUCAUGGCGCAGAGACGUAAUGUGGCCCACAGAUACACACUUCUUGUGGAGUGUGUGUGUGUGUGUGCGCGCGUGUAUGUGUGUGUGUGUGUGUGUGUGUGUGUGUGUGUGUGGAUGCAGAUUCAUCACACUGCUUCUGACUGUCAGGAGCUGUUUGUGAAGAGGAGGAGGAGGAAAGAGGAGGAAGAAGAAGGAGUGUGUAGGCCGGAGGGAUGUGAGCGCUCGGAUUUACGGCCUGUCAGCGAAGCCAUCCUUUAAUCGGUUUACUUUGUUUUUUGUUUUGUUUUUUUUAGAAGGAUUUAUAUAUAUUUUUUGUUUUUGAAAAAAGACUUUAAACCAAAGUAUAAAUAUAUAUAAAUGAAUGCAUAUUGUACAUACCAGUGUAAGUGCGCCUAUAGCCUGUAAAGGGACCAAUGCAAUCUUAGAGUCGUUCGCUGCAUGGAUUUAUAUUUUCACCGACUUACUCUUUUUUUCUUCAGCAAGUCUCCAAACUCCGUCCAAAAUGUACAUUUUUUUGUUUUUUGUUUUUUUGCUUAUUUAUUAAAACACA